AUGACUGAGCCUAUGGAUGUGGACGCCGCUCCCCCGCGAGGCAUCAAGCGGACAGCGGAAGAGGCAGGCUUGCCUCCUGAGGCUCCACGUCGUAUCAAGGCAUACGUCGUCAACAAAAUUGCCGCCGGGGAAAUCAUCGUCGCCCCCGUGAAUGCUCUCAAAGAACUCCUCGAAAACUCCAUCGAUGCUGGUUCUACUUCCAUCGAAAUCCUAGUCAAAGAUGGCGGCCUCAAGCUCCUACAGAUUACUGACAAUGGCCAUGGCAUUGAGAAAGACGACCUGCCCAUUCUCUGCGAAAGGUUCACAACAUCCAAACUGAAAAGCUUCGAGGAUCUCAUGUCCAUUGGCACCUACGGUUUCCGAGGAGAAGCCCUUGCCAGUAUCAGCCAUAUUGCUCAUCUCAAAGUCACUACCAGGACCGCCAACUCCAGCUGUGCCUGGCAAGCCCAUUACCAGGAUGGAAAGCUCACUGGCCCCAAACCUGGUCAAUCCCUGAAUCCGAAGCCUUGUGCUGGACGUCCUGGUACUCAAAUUACCGUCGAAGACCUCUUCUACAAUAUGCCGAACCGUCGUCGGGCCUUUCGAUCUCCCUCCGAAGAAUAUGCCAAGGUGCUCGAUGUCAUCACCCGAUAUGCCGUCCACCGCGAAGGCGUUGCUUUUUCCGUCAAAAAGCACGGCGAAACCGGUAUAGGGUUUUCGGUAGCCGCUGCUGCAACCAAAAUCGACCGACUCAAACAGGCACACGGUGCCGGGGUGGCUAAAGAGAUCAUGCCAUUCGGCACCGAAGAUUCGCGUUGGGGCUUCAAAGCUUCAGGCUAUGCUACUAAUGCUAAUUACAGUUCCAAACGAACAAUGUUGCUCCUCUUCAUCAACAACCGGUCAGUCGAGUCAUCGACCGUCAAGAAAGCCAUUGAGCAGACAUAUCAAUUAUUCCUCCCCAAAGGUGGACAUCCAUUUGUUUACCUCAGCCUGGACAUUGAUCCAGCUAGAGUCGAUGUCAACGUGCAUCCGACCAAGCGAGAAGUCCAUUUUUUGAAUGAGGACGAAAUCAUCGAGUUGGUUUGUGCGAAUAUCCGAGAAAGUCUGGCAAAAGUCGACACGAGUAGGACUUUUAAGACACAAACACUCCUUCCCGGAGUCACGCCCAUGACGCCAGUUAACCCGAGGACCCUCGCCGGGGAUCAUAUUUCUGCUGCAGACGAUAGUACUGCAAGAAAGUCCUCAACCUCCAAAAAGCCUUAUGAAAACAAUCUCGUCCGCACCGACUCGAAAAUGCGAAAAAUCACCUCCAUGCUUCCGCGGUCCUUGACAACUUCAACUUCUCAAGACGAACCAGUGACAACUGACGGUAUAGGCUACACAACCACCGAUCGAGAACAAUGCCAAAUCCGCCUCACGUCUGUGAAGAAUCUGCGAGCUGAAGUCCGUGAUGCAAUCCACAACGGUCUGACCGAGGUGUUUGCCUCUCUAACCUAUGUUGGUAUUGUGGACAGUAACAGAAGACUCGCCGCCAUCCAGUCUGGCGUCAAACUCUACCUUGUCGACUACGGCAUGACCUCUAGCGAAUUCUUCUAUCAAAUCGGGUUGACCGACUUUGGCAACUUCGGUCUCGUCCAGUUUGAGCCUGCGCCCAGCCUGAAGGAGCUGCUAGAUAUAGCAGCAGAACAUCAAAUCUCAACCGACCCGACCUGUGCAGGCCUGGACAAAGGCCAAGUCGUGGACAAGGUAUACGGACAACUGAUGAAAAGCAAAGCCAUGUUAGCCGAGUAUUUCUCCCUCAACAUCUCCGACGACGGCCACUUGCAGUCGAUUCCGCUGCUGCUGAAAGGGUACAUACCCUGUAUGGCUAAAUUACCCACCUUCUUAUUGAGGCUGGGCCCCUUUGUGAACUGGAAGGAGGAGGAGGGAUGUUUCCGUACGUUUUUGAGGGAGUUGGCGAGCUUUUACGUACCAGAGAUAUUGCCCGCGCCGAAAUCAAAACAGCACACGUUCAAGGACCAGGACAAGGAGAUGCAGGAGACUCAAGCUGAUGGCCUCGACCAGCUGGAGACGCAAGAGGGAGGAAACGAAGCUGGGACGCAACAUGCUUCCGCAUCUGCACCUCGCGACCAACAAGGCAACAACAGCGACAAUAACAACCAAGACGACCUUGACGAAGCCACAGAGAAACGAAGGACGGAGCUCGAACACGCACUGGAACACGUGCUGUUUCCUGCGUUUCGAUCAAGGAUCAUCGCGACUCAAGGCAUGCUGAAGGGCGUCGUCGAGGUGGCCAAUUUGAAAGGGCUGUAUCGUGUUUUUGAGCGGUGCUAG